AUGCUCACGAACAAGUUUCUCAAGUUGCAGUCUGUCUACUUUCGACUCUUGGGAUUCAAUAUAUUUGCAUGCCACUGCGACAGCUGGAUAUUGCCUCGCAGGACAAUUGGCAGCAUAAUGUCUGUGCUUACAUUUCUGCCACUUACUGUGGCAUUUUGUCUGCAGAAUAUGCAGAAUGUGGAUCAACUAACCGACGGUCUGUGCUCAAUGCUGAUUGAUCUGCUGGCGCUGUGUAAAUUCGGUUUGAUCAUUUGGCUGCACAAGGAUUUGGUGCAGCUGAUCGAAAGGAUACGCCAACUGUUGCACAGAGAGAGUCGCAUAGCGAAUUAUGCUCGCAUCAUCGAGGAGGUCAACAAACGGGAACAGUUCAUUAGCGGACUCUAUAGGAACUGCUUUCAACUGGCUGCCGCAUCGGCCUGCAUGUUGCCCCUGCUGCGCAUGUUGUGGAGCACGUUCAUACGGUCUGCAUCAGCUAUUGGGGAAGUGCAGCCGGAGUUGCCGUUUCCCAGCGUUUAUCCGUGGGACAAUCGUUGGGUACUCAACUAUUUGGUCGCCUAUGUGUGGAAUGUGGCUGCCGCAUUUGGUGUCCUGCUGCCAACGGUUUGCGUGGACACGCUCUUCUGUUCGCUGACUCACAAUCUAUGCGCAUUGUUUCGAAUUGCCCAAUAUAAAAUGCUGCAUUUUGUUGGCGAAACUCUCGAUGACACCCUCUCGAAUGUGGCCAAUAUCUUGCCACUCUACCAGGCCACUCUCGACAUGUGCAACACAUUGAAUCGAUGUUUUCGCCCGCUGAUCAGCGUGCAAUUCCUUGUCGCCUCGCUGCAUUUAUGCGUGCUCUGCUAUCAGGUGUCCGCCAAUCUCAGGAGACCCGAUGUCCUCUUCUUUGCCGCCUUCACGGGCUCGAUUCUGUCGCAAAUCUAUCUCUACUGCUAUUGCGGGGAGUGUGUGAAAACCGAGAAUGCGCAAUUCGCCACAGCGAUCUAUGACAGCGACUGGCACAAAACCGGAUGCAGUUGGUCCGCCAUUGGGCGGCCAUUGCUGCUCUCGAUGAUGCGUGCUCAACGCGAUUGCCGCAUCGAUGGCUACUUUUUUGUUGCAAAUAUGCAAACAUUUCUAGCGAUUGUGAAAACUUCCAUGUCUUAUGUAACGCUACUUCAAUCGCUCUCAUAAAUUGGUAUUGAUUUUAUUUUAAUCUUUGCUAAUGA